AUGCCGCUCCUCAAUCCCUCUCUGGAUACCAAAAGCCCGUCUCCUGUUCAUGCCAACUCUGUGAGGAGGAGAUCAACUGCCCCUUCUAAACCCGCUAUCGGUGGUGCAGUCGCGUACUUCCAGAACUUAAGAGAAGUCCUGCCGUCCCUCGCUCCCCAGGCUAAUUCUGACAAGGGCGGUGCUAUUCCCCCCGCGGCAGCCCCCAUGUCUGGGGAGGGCCUCAAGUGGUACGCUUUGGAGCUCGAAGACGGCACUGUCUACCAAGGUUACGGCUUUGGUGCGGAAAGAAGCAUCGCGGGAGAAUUGGUGUUCCAGACCGGCAUGGUGGGAUACCCAGAAUCCAUCACAGACCCUUCCUACCGUGGCCAGAUUUUGGUUGUCACUUUCCCCUUGGUGGGAAACUAUGGUGUUCCCUCGCACCAGACCGUAGAUGAGCUGCUGGGUGAUCUGCCCAAGUGCUUCGAGUCAACUGAAAUCCACGUUGCUGGUCUCGUCGUCGCUAGUUACUGUGGAGAGGAUUACUCCCACUUCUUAGCUGAGUCGUCUCUGGGCACAUGGUUGAAGGAGCAGGGAGUGCCGGCCAUGUACGGUGUCGACACCCGUUCCCUCACCAAAAGGAUUCGAGAAGAAGGAAGCAUGCUUGGCCGGAUUCUGCUACAGAAACCCAACGUCAGCACUGAAAUUCUCAAUGGAGAUGCUGCGAGCAGCCUCGCAAUUGUUGACGAAGAUAGUCUUGAUUCCUGGAGGGCACACUUUGAACAGAUUGAAUGGGUAGAUCCUAACAAGAGAAACCUUGUUAACGAUGUUUCUAUCAGGAAACCCCGAUUGUUCUCCCCACCAAAGGAUUUGGCGCUUUCCCACCCAUCUGGUCGCACCAUCAGAGUUUUGUGUGUGGAUGUUGGUAUGAAAUACAACCAACUGCGGUGCCUGCUCGCUCGCGGCGUUGAGGUCCUUGUCGUUCCCUGGGAUUAUGAUUUUCCUAGCUUAGCCGGAAAGGAAUACGACGGCCUAUUCCUGUCUAAUGGUCCAGGAGAUCCUGCCAUGGUUUCUAAAACUGUUGGGUAUAUUCAAUCGGCACUCGAGGACUGCCGAAUUCCUAUUUUCGGUAUCUGUCUUGGUCACCAGUUGCUAGCCCUGGCCGCUGGCGCAAGCACUACGAAAAUGAAGUUCGGUAACAGAGGCCAUAACAUCCCAUGUACCAGCCUUAUGUCUGGCCGCUGCUAUAUCACAUCACAAAACCACGGUUAUGCAGUGGACGCCAUGACGUUACCGGAAGGAUGGGAGGAACUUUUCGUUAAUGCCAAUGAUGGAAGCAACGAAGGUAUCAGACAUCUUUCACGCCCAAUUUUCAGUGUACAAUUCCACCCGGAGAGCGCUCCCGGACCUCGAGACACCGAGUUUUUGUUCGAUGUAUUUAUCGACACCAUCAAGAAGAGCGUAGUGUCGUCCAGUGUCCUUCAUGAGCCCGUUAGCUUUCCUGGCCCGACUGCAGAGGAAACUGAUCUUGCUCAUCCGAGAGUCAGCGUUAAAAAGGUUCUCAUUCUUGGUUCGGGCGGUCUCAGUAUAGGCCAAGCUGGAGAGUUUGACUAUUCUGGAAGCCAGGCUAUAAAGGCCCUGAGAGAGGAAGGAAUCUACACCAUCCUCAUCAACCCUAAUAUCGCCACGAUCCAGACAUCAAAGGGUCUCGCAGACAAAGUCUACUUUCUGCCUGUCAAUGCAGAGUUUGUGCGCAAGGUUAUUAAGUAUGAACGCCCAGAUGCCAUCUAUGUAACGUUUGGUGGCCAAACCGCCCUCCAGGUUGGCAUCCAGCUCAAAGAUGAGUUUGAACAGCUUGGUGUUAAGGUCCUCGGUACCCCGAUCGACACCAUCAUUACUACCGAAGAUCGUGAGCUAUUCGCAAGAAGCAUGGAAUCUAUUGGCGAAAAAUGUGCCAAAUCCGCAUCCGCAUCCACUCUCGAGGAAGCUAUGGAAGCUGUCAAGGAUAUCGGAUUCCCUGUUAUUGUUCGCGCUGCAUACGCCCUCGGUGGACUGGGCAGUGGCUUUGCUGAGGACCCAGACCAAUUGCGGGAUCUGUGCAUGAAAGCCUUUGCCGCAAGCCCCCAAGUUCUCAUUGAGAGGAGUAUGAAAGGGUGGAAGGAAAUUGAGUAUGAAGUCGUCCGUGACGCCCGUGAUAACUGCAUCACUGUUUGUAACAUGGAAAAUUUUGAUCCACUUGGUAUCCAUACUGGUGAUUCAAUUGUUGUGGCUCCUUCGCAAACCCUGUCUGAUGAGGACUACAAUAUGCUCCGAACAACAGCCGUCAAUGUCAUUCGUCAUUUGGGGGUUGUUGGCGAAUGUAACAUCCAGUACGCGCUGAACCCGUUCUCCAGAGAAUAUUGCAUUAUUGAGGUCAAUGCUCGCUUGUCAAGGUCAUCCGCACUCGCCUCCAAAGCCACGGGUUAUCCUCUCGCUUUUAUUGCCGCAAAACUCGGUCUCGGUAUUCCGCUGAAUGAGAUCUCUAACUCCGUAACAAAGGUCACCUGUGCUUGUUUCGAGCCGUCGCUAGAUUAUGUUGUUGUCAAAAUUCCCCGUUGGGAUCUCAAGAAAUUCACUCGUGUCUCUACCCAGCUAGGGUCUUCCAUGAAGAGUGUUGGUGAAGUCAUGAGUAUUGGAAGAACUUUUGAAGAGGCCAUUCAAAAGGCCAUCCGUGCUGUGGACUUUCACAAUGUUGGCUUUAAUGCAACAAACGCACUCAUGUCCAUCAAAGCCGAACUCCAAACGCCUUCCGAUCAGCGAUUGUUUGCUAUCGCCAACGCAAUGCAUUCCGGUUACACUGUUGAUGAUAUUUGGGAGUUAACCAAAAUUGACAAGUGGUUUUUGCGUAAGCUGAAGGUCCUCAGUAAUUUUGGAACAUCUUUGACUAGUUAUAAUGCCACCACCAUUCCCGUAUCGCUCGUCAGACAAGCAAAACAACUCGGUUUCUCAGACAGGCAGCUGGCCAAGUUCUUGAGCUCCAAUGAAUUGGCUAUCAGACGGCUGCGAGUGGAAGCGGGCAUUAUGCCUGUAGUUAAGCAAAUCGAUACAGUUGCCGCUGAAUUCCCUGCGUUUACUAACUACCUGUACUUAACUUACAACGGCUCUAAGAAUGAUGUUGAUUUCAAUGACAAUGGUGUUAUGGUGCUUGGAUCCGGUGUCUACAGGAUUGGCUCCUCUGUCGAGUUCGAUUGGUGCUCUGUCAGGACCAUCCGAACACUACGAGAGCAAGGGCACAAGACAGUCAUGGUCAACUAUAACCCAGAAACUGUCAGUACUGACUAUGAUGAAGCUGAUCGACUUUAUUUUGAGAAUAUCAACUUGGAAACUGUAUUGGAUAUAUAUCAGCUUGAAUCGUCCAGUGGAGUUAUCAUUUCUAUGGGUGGACAAACACCAAACAUUAUAGCCUUGCCUCUGCAUCGGUUGAACGUCAAUAUUCUGGGCACGUCUCCCGAAAUGAUUGACACUGCUGAGAAUCGCUAUAAGUUCUCUCGACUCCUUGACCACAUCGGUGUCGACCAGCCUGCUUGGAAGGAACUAACCAGUAUUGAGGAGGCUACCGAAUUUUGCGCUAAGGUUGGAUACCCUGUUUUGGUGCGGCCGUCUUAUGUGCUUUCUGGAGCUGCUAUGAACACGGUUUAUUCGUUGGACGAUCUUGCAAGCUAUCUUAACCAGGCUGCUGAAGUCUCACGUGAACAUCCAGUAGUAAUCACUAAGUAUAUCGAAAACGCCAAGGAAAUUGAAAUGGAUGCCGUGGCGAAGAAUGGCGUUAUGGUCGGUCAUUUCAUCUCAGAACAUGUUGAAAAUGCUGGCGUUCAUUCAGGUGAUGCUACUUUGAUCCUCCCACCACAAGAUCUAGAUCCUCAAACCGUCAGCCGGAUCGAAGAGGCCACCCGCAAGAUUGGGAAUGCCCUGAACGUUACCGGACCAUUCAAUAUUCAAUUUAUCGCCAAGGAUAAUGACAUCAAAGUUAUCGAGUGUAAUGUCAGAGCAUCGCGAUCUUUCCCAUUCGUUUCCAAGGUUAUGGGUGUUGACCUGAUCGAGAUGGCAACGAUGGCGAUGAUUGGAAAGCCAUUUGUGGAGUACCCGCUCGUCACUGUUCCGAAGAACUACGUCGGAGUCAAAGUCCCCCAAUUCUCAUUCUCUCGCCUUUCCGGUGCUGACCCCGUUCUUGGCGUGGAGAUGGCGUCAACUGGUGAAGUUGCAUGCUUUGGCCGUGACAGAUACGAGGCAUAUCUUAAAGCUCUUAUCUCAACCGGCUUCAAGCUUCCUAAGAAAAAUAUCCUCUUCUCCAUCGGUUCUUUUAAAGAGAAACUUGAGAUGCUUCCGUCGAUCAGGAAGCUCCACGCGCUAGGAUAUAACCUAUUCGCAACAGCGGGCACUGCAGACUAUCUCAAGGAACACGGUCUUCCAGUGAAGUAUCUCGAAGUUCUUGCGGGAGAAGAGGAGGACCUCAAGUCUGAAUACUCUCUUACGCAGCAUCUUGCCAACAAUCUGAUUGAUCUGUACAUCAAUCUUCCCUCCAGCAAUAGGUUUAGACGACCAGCAAACUACAUAAGCAAAGGUUAUCGAACUCGUCGAAUGGCGGUUGACUACCAGACUCCACUAGUUACAAAUGUGAAGAAUGCGAAGAUUUUGAUCGAGGCGAUUGCUCGCCAUUACCCGAUGAACGUGAUGAGCAUUGAUUGCCAAACAAGCUAUCGCUCUGUUACUCUCCCAGGCCUUAUCAAUAUCGCAGCAUUUGUGCCAGGCCUCGCAAACCCCGAUUCUCCGGACUUUCAGGAGGUGACCAAGGCUUCCAUUUCUAAUGGCUUUAGCAUGGUUCGCAUCAUGCCUGUCGGUGUGGAUAGCUUUGUCACCGAUUCGCAAGCAUUGAGAACUGCCCAGCAUAACGCUGGCAAGGGCUCGUACUGCGAUUUCAACUUGUCUGUUGCGGCAACCUCUGCCAAUUCUGACAAGGUUGGACAAAUCACGAGCGAAGUCGGUUCACUGUUCAUCCCCUUUAACCACCUAUCGGGAAAUAUCAACAAGGUUGCGACAGUUACGGCGCACUUUGCCUCCUGGCCCACCACUAAGCCAAUCAUCACUGAUGCCAAAGCGACUGACUUGGCUUCCAUUCUGCUCCUUGCCAGCCUCCACAAUCGUAAUAUACACGUGAUGAGUGUUACAAGCAAAGAUGAUAUUGGCUUGAUCGCACUCAGCAAGGAGAAGGGCCUCAUGGUGACCUGCGACGUCUCCAUCUACUCCCUCUUCCUCUCCCAGGAUGAUUAUCCUGGUUGCACAUGUCUUCCAUCGAAGAAAGACCAACAAACACUGUGGGAGUUCAUGGAUACAAUUGACGUCUUUUCCAUUGGAAGUCUUCCCUACCAGGUUGCGGGUAGCCAUGCCUCUGCAGCUGUCGGCAUCCAAGACGCACUUCCCCUGCUCUUUACUGCUAUUUCCGACAAGCGCCUAACCGUGGACGAUGUUACCUCCAGACUCUAUGAUAACCCUAAAAGGAUCUUUGAACUUCAUGACCAGCCUGAUACUUCCGUGGAGGUCGAAUUUGACCGACCAUAUGUGGUCCAGGGCCGUGGCGUUUGGUCGCCAUUUACUGGAAAGACGUUAAAAGGAUCUGUCGGACGAGUAAUAUUUCAAGGAAAGACCGCUUGCUUAGAUGGCGAAAUGAUGCCAGAUGCGCCAAAGGGAUCAGACAUGUCCAGUCAUCAUCUCGCACCCCCGGCACCAUUAUCACCUGUAGCCAGGGAAAUCGUUCCUUCGACUCCUCAACCCGAAAGCUCUCUCGCAAGACGGUUGUCUAUCUCAACAACACCGCUUGCGCGUCCAUCGAGGCUUAGGGAUCCUUCUGAAGGAUACCCUGUACCUAAUUCUCUGGAUGAAUUAGUUCCCGUUGCACCUCUUUAUCCAUAUCCAAUCAAGAUAUCCCCUUCGGUGCAACAGCUGCUUUCGCACUCCGCCUUCAAACAGAAACAUAUCGUUUCAGUCAGCCAGUUCAAUCGUACAGAUCUCCAUCUUCUCUUCACCGUUGCACAAGAGAUGCGGUUGGGUGUUCAACGUCAUGGCGUCCUCGAUAUUUUGAAAGGCAGAGUUCUCACAACGCUAUUCUUUGAGCCUUCUACCCGCACCUCCGCUUCCUUUGAUGCCGCCAUGCAACGAUUGGGCGGUCGCACCAUCCCCAUCGCCACCGAGCGUUCUUCCACUAAAAAGGGAGAAACCCUCCAAGACACCGUCAGGACACUAGGCUGCUACAGUGAUGCCAUCGUCCUCCGCCAUCCUGAUGACAACAGUGCGGCCACUGCUGCCAAAUUCUCCCCUGUCCCCAUCAUCAACGGCGGUAACGGUGCCGUUGAACACCCAACCCAAGCUUUCCUUGACCUCUUCACCAUCCGCGAGGAGCUCGGCACAGUCAACGACAUCACUAUCACUUUUAUCGGCGAUCUGAAAUACGGCCGUACUGUACAUUCGCUCGUCAAACUACUCCAGUUCUAUGACGUUCGCGUCCAGCUUGUCUCUCCCAAGGCGCUGGCUGUCCCUGAAGAGGUUCGCCAACAGCUUGUGGCGUCCGGCCAGCUUAUUCUUGAGUCGACCGAACUUACCCCGGAGAGCCUGGCACGGUCUGAUGUACUUUACUGCACGCGCGUGCAGAAGGAACGGUUCGAAGACCUGAACGAGUACGAGAGGCUGAAGAAUACCUUUGUCAUUGACAAUACAGUGCUCAAACAUGCAAAGAGCCAGAUGAUUGUCAUGCACCCUCUACCGCGCAACCAGGAGAUCUGUGAAGAGGUUGACUUUGACCAGCGUGCGGCCUAUUUCCGACAGAUGAAAUACGGACUCUACUGUCGCAUGGCAUUGCUCGCAUUGGUCAUGGCAUCGUGA